AUGGCGAGCGCGCGCGGGUUCUGCGAACGCUGCGGCGCGCGCCUGCGGCUGACGACGCGCGCGCCCGACGUGCGGUGCGACGCGUGCGGCAGGGCGCGCGCGCUCGAGGACGCGUUCGGGGACGGCGAGCGCGAGCUCACGGCGGGGGCGAGGGAGUUUAAGUUUCAUCACGGCGUCGAGGCGAGACAUCCGAACGGGACGCGCGUGGGCGCGACGGAGGAGGUGACGCGAGAGCGCGCGACGGUGGACGAAAAGUGUCCGAAAUGUAAGCAUAAGGGGUUAAACUUUUACACGAUGCAGUUGAGGAGCGCGGAUGAGGGGCAGACGGUGUUUUAUGAGUGUCCGAAGUGCUCGCACACGUUUUCGCAAAACAACUGA